AUGCCGUGGCCCCAACUGAAAAUCCAGCCGCAGCCAAUCGCAUUUCGGGGAACCGGAUGGGGUAUUUCCAGCGGGCCAAUCGCCUCCCAGAUAAGGCCUGCAGCUUUAAUUUGUCGGCGGCACAUGAGCAGCUCGAAGCAGGCGGCGGCCGGCGCCGCCGCCGUGGGCGGCAAGGCCGCGCGCGCCUGCGACAGCUGCCUGCGGCGGCGCGCGCGGUGGUACUGCGCGGCCGACGACGCCUUCCUGUGCCAGGGCUGCGACGCGUCGGUGCACUCGGCGAACCCGCUCGCCAGGCGGCACGAGCGCCUGCGCCUUCGCCCGACGACGUCGCCGCCGGACCCGCCGCACUCGACGCUCGAGGCCGGCGUCGGAGUGGCGUCGACGUCGACGUGGAAGAAGCGCCAGCAGCAGCAGGUAGCGCCGGCGUGGUCCAAGCGCAAGGCGCGCACCCGGAGGCCGCACGUCAAGAGCGUCGGGCAGCUUCUGUCGAGGAAGGUCGUCGUCGUGCCCGAGGUGUCCACUGUCGAGUCGUCGGAGGAGCGGAAGGCCGAGGAAGAGGAAGAGGAGGAGGAGGAGGAGGAGCAGCUGCUGUACUGCGUGCCGACCUUUGACCGCGCCCUGGCCGAGCUCUGCACGCCGCCGCCUCCGGUGGAUGACCCUACGGCCACGGCCUCAUCAUCCUGCUUCAGGGAUGACGUCGACGGCGCCGUGGAGAACACAAAGGCACCACCGGCGGUGGUGGUCGCGGAAUCACCCGUGCAGCAGCUCCCGGACAGCUUCGCCGGCUUCGGCCCCACGGACGCCGAGCUCAGAGAGUUCGCCGCCGACAUGGAAGCCCUUCUUGGCCAGGGCCUGGGCGACAGCAACGAGCUGGAUGAAUCAUUCUACAUGGAGAGCCUAGGGCUAAUGACGACGCAGCAGGCGGAAGACGUCGGGCGGGUGAAGAUGGAGCCCAACGGCAGCGUAAUCUCCCACUCCCGCAGCGAGGGUGCUCCUGGAUUUUGCCCUGCCGAGCUGAAGCCGGAGGCGUCGUCGGCUGAGGUGCUGGACAUAGACUUCAACUGCAGCUCGCCCACGAAGGCGUCGGCGAUCAACGGCGGCGACGCCGCCGCGGGUACGCAGUUCUUGAAGAGGAGCCUGGAUCUCAGUCUCAACUACGAGGCCAUCAUCGAGAGCUGGGGGAGCUCACCGUGGACCGAUGGCCAACGGCCAAACGUCCAGCUCGAUGACUUCUGGCCCCACGCCCACCUCACGGGCUGGAUGGCGGGAGGAGGACGGCUGGGUGGGGAGGUGGCGGUGACUCCACGGCUGGGGAUGGGCGGCGGGCGGGAGGCGCGCGUGACACGGUACCGGGAGAAGCGGCGGACGAGGCUGUUCUCCAAGAAGAUAAGGUACGAGGUGCGGAAGCUCAACGCGGAGAAGCGGCCGCGGAUGAAGGGCCGAUUCGUCAAGCGACCUGCCGCUGCAGGAGGAGGAGCUACCAUUGCCGCCUCGUGCGCUGUCACUUAG